UGUGUGUGUACGUGUGUGUGUGUGUGUGUGUGUGUACGUGUGUGUGUGCGUCACAAGUCGGAGACCUGCUUCUUCAUCUGCUACUGUACCACAAGAGUGUUUGUGUGUGUGUGUGUGUGUGUGUGUGUGUGUGUGUGUGUGUGUGUGUGUGUGUGUGUGUGUGUGUGUGUGUGUGUGUGUGUGAGAGCACUCACUCUUCAGCAUGGAUGUCCAACUUGGAGCCACGCAGGAUUUCUCCACCAGGAACCCCAAGGAGGACUUUGAGAUCCUGAUGAGUGUCGGAUGGGGAACCUACGGGGACGUCUACAAGGCACGCAACAAACAGACUGGAGACCUGGCAGCCAUUAAGGUUAUCAAGAUGGAACCAGACGACUUCUCCACCAUCGAGCAAGAAAUAGUCAUUGUGAAGAGCUGCAAGCAUCCCAACAUAGUGGCGUAUCAUGGCAGCUACAUACGUGUUAAUACGCUGUGGAUCUGCAUGGAGUUCUGUGGGGGAGGCUCUCUGCAGGAUGUCUAUAGUGUGACUGGUCCUUUGUCAGAACCACAGAUUGCUUACAUCUGCAGAGAGAUGCUGCAGGGUCUGGACUACCUCCACGCGCAGAAGAAAAUCCAUCGAGACAUCAAGGGGGCCAACAUCCUCCUCAACGACCAGGGCGAGGUGAAGUUGGCCGACUUUGGAAUUGCUGCCCAAAUCACCGCCACCCUUGCCCGUCGCAUGUCCUUCAUUGGAACACCGUAUUGGAUGGCACCAGAGGUUGUAGCAGUUGAAAUAAAAGGCGGCUACAACGAGCUGUGUGACAUCUGGUCGGUGGGCAUCACGGCGAUUGAGCUCGCAGAACUGCAGCCGCCCAUGUUUGACUUACACCCACUAAGAGCCCUGUUCCUCAUGUCCAAGAGUGGCUACCAACCUCCUAAACUGAAGGACAAGUCAAAAUGGUCGCCCACGUUUUAUAACUUUGUGAAAGCCAUAUUGGUCAAGAACCCCAAAAAGAGACCCAGCGCCUCCAAGAUACUCUCACACAUAUUCUUGGCCCAGCAGUGUCUGACCCAGGAACUGACCCUGGACCUGCUGGAGAAGUGUCGACACCCGGAGAAUGUCAAGUUCUGCCCGGCGACAGAGGACGACGACGCAGAGGGCCCCGUGUCUGGAUCACUGAAGAGGAUCCAGUCCAUCAACAAACACAACCGGGCACAGAGGAAACACUCCCACACAAAGUUGGAGCAGAUCUACUCUCAGAGGCCUGUGAAGAAACAAGAUGAAGAUGCAACAAUAACGCCUUCAGUCGACUCACGCAGCAUCGACACACGUCCAGUGAGGGACGAGGACACAGACUCGGAUGACGAUUAUGACGAUGUGGACGUGCCGACCGUGGCGGAGACGCGUGUCACUGUUACAGCCAUCCAAACUCCGCCUCCGCUUCCCCCAAAGCCCAAAGUGCGGUCGAGCUCAGAGGAAAUCGUGUGGGUGGAAGACGAGCGGGUCAACAAAGCUUCGCUGUGUGCCCCCUCCCCUCUCAUUAGAACUUCCAGUGGGACACACGUCCGACCCCCUCACCACCCACAAGCGAUGCGGUAUUCAGACCCCAUGUCCCUCUCGUUAAAAAAGCAGUCACUGGAGCUCAUCCCCCCUGAGUUGCCCCCUAAAGGCAUACGGAGACCCCAGCAGCGCCCAGCUAAGGAACAAGAAAGUGCCUCCAUCAUUUGGGAUCAUUCGUUUUGCAGAAGAAAGAAGAAACCCACAAUCUAUUUUAAGAAGAUCUUCCACGGCUGUCCUCUGAAAAUAAAGUGCUCCACCACCUGGGAACAUCCGGACACCAAAGACAAGCAUCUCAUCCUUGGAGCAGAGGAGGGCAUCUACACCCUCAACCUCAACAGCUCCGAGGUCACCAUGGAGCUGUUGUAUCCUGGGAAGUGCGACUGGGUCUACUGUGGCCACAAUGUGCUCAUGUCCAUAUCCGGCAAAUCCUCCCAGCUUCACUCGCACUCGCUGAAGGAGCUGUACGAGCAGGCUCGAAGGGACCAGAGGAUGGUGGCGCUGCCCACUCAUCGGCUGUUGCCAAGGAAAUGUGCCGUGACGUGUAAAAUACCUGACACCAAGGGCUGCAGGACCUGCUCAGUUGUUGACGACUUCCUGUGCUGUGCGCUGGAGUCCAGUGUGAUGCUGCUGCAGUGGUACCAGCCCAUGAACAAGUUCAUGCUCAUCAAGCAUUUCGACUUCCCCCUCGCCAACCCUAUGCGGGUGUUUGAGACGGUGCUGGACCCUCAGCAGGAGUACCCGCUGGUGUGUACAGGGGUCUCUUGGGGUUCCAGCCCCACUCUGCCUGUCACUUUAGAGUACAUCAACCUCAACUCCAACACUUCCUGGUUUACACACGCCGACGUAGCAGAGAAGCACUGCCCAAAUGUUGUACAAGUCAACCAGCUGGACAGCAGCUCGCUGCUCGUACUCUUAGAGAGGUCAGUGCACAUAGUUGGCCUGGAGGGGGAGCUAAAGAGCAUCGGGCAAAAUGAGACAACGUUCCCUCAUGAUGUGGAGUCCGUAGUUUACUUUGAGGACACUUUGUUGGCGGUGUGGCGUCACGGCUGGCUGAGGACGAAGAGAGGCGCGGCGCGGGUGUUGGAGGAAACCAUUGACCCCAAAAAGACCUACAGGCUGGUUCAGUCAGACAGGAUGGUCGUCAUGGAGACGCACCAGACCGGGGACCAGUCGGGGCUGUCCAACUUGUACUUGCUGGAAAUCGCUGAGAACUACGUCAUGCUGCCCUGACGCUGCGGUUUGGCCGGGGCGUGAUGGGAAACGCGAUGCCUCCACAGAGAACGCAUUGUGGGGGUUAGCAGUUGACUGGCUGAUGCCAGGGAACGUCUGCUCGUGUUUAUUCUCGCUUCAACUGCCUCAGGGAUCCGAAACUACGUGCAAAGUGACUUUUUUCCCUGUCAGUGUAUUGUCAAUAAAGUGCUGCAGUGACUGAUAACAA